AUGGGUAUCGAUUUGGAAAAGGGAGGGCGCAUCAAGAAGCCCGGGCGCCGCGCGCCCAAGUCCGAAAACCCGUACCUGUCGCUCUUGGUGCAGCUGUACAGUUUCCUCGCUCGUCGUACUGAUGAGAAGUUCAACGGCAUCGUCCUCAAGCGAUUGUUUAUGUCGCGGACAUCCCGCCCGCCGAUGUCCGUCUCCCGCAUCUCGGCCUAUAUGAAGGGUCGCGAAGACAAGACUGCCGUCAUCGUCGGCAAGGUCCUUGACGACGAGCGCAUGCUGGACAUUCCGAAGCUCACCGUCUGCGCCCUCGACUUCUCCAAGACCGCCCGCGUUCGCAUCGAGAAGGCCGGCGGUGAGUGCCUUACCUUCGAUCAGCUCGCCGUGAGGUCUCCUACAGGAGCUGGAACUGUUCUCCUCAGAGGUAGGCGCCACGCCAGAGAAGUCUAUAAACAUUUCUUCGGUGUUGCCGAGAAGGGCCACGUCAAACCUUACGUGCGCUCCAAGGGCCGCAAAUUCGAACGUGCGCGUGGUCGUCGCUCUUCUCGUGGAUACAAGAAGUAAGAUCGUGGUAUGUAAAAAUUUGACUUGGCUUACAUGCUGAUUGCUUCAGGCGUGAUAUUUCCAGCGGAUCUUAGUAUCUGUCGCGCUUUUACCGUAGGCGUCGCGAAGACCUCUGCGGACAAGGCUCGAAGAAGGGUGGGGGAGGGUCGGGGAAGUAGGCAAAUAGAAUAAGCAUGUAUGCGGAUGAAUAGGAAAUGCGAUUUGAUUUUAGGAAAGUAGCAGGAUGCGUAGGCCAACUGAGGGCCAGUCCUAACAGGCGCUUUUCUUUUCUUUUGUUUUCCUUCAACCAGUUGCGGUCACGCUAUUGGCCGGAUCAUUUCAUUAAAUUAAUCGCACGCCA